CCAUUUUUGUUUUUAGAUCGUCUUGACUUUUGUAAUAUCUCUCAACUCAUGAUGGCAGCCGAAUGCCAUUUUCCAAUGAUGGCAAACGCAUUUGAAAAUGAGCGCGAACGAUGGACACGGAAGGAUCUAAUAUCAAGUGACAUGGAGGAAGGCUGUUAUGGAUUUAUUAACAUUUAAAGUGGCGAAUUGGGCCUGUGUCGAAGUGGUGGAGGCGCUUCUCUCCGCGGGGGCCGACUUCGACAUCCGGGACCCUGUCCUGGGGCUCACCCCGCUGCACGACGCAGCGCGCGCCGGUUACAUCGGUUCUGUGGAGAAGCUCGUGCAAUGCGGCUCAGAUGUAAACCUGUGUGAUAAGCUCGGUAACCUUCCGCUGCACCUGGCCACCAUGGAGGGAAACCUGGAGGUUAUCCGGCUGCUGAUCCCUCUCACCGUAGACCCCCGGGCCCGCAACGCGGAGGGAUACAACGCCGGGCAGCUGGCGCACAAGGAGGCGGCCAAAUACAUCGAGGAUUAUUUGAGCUCAAACUAAAGGACGAAGCAGAUGAAGACGAUGAAGAUGAAUCAUUCUGCAUUUCUGCUGAUUCUUGGGAAUGCAAUUGGGAAAACUUUGUACAUUUGCAUCUCCUGCUUUGAGAGAAACGGGAGACACAUGUUUGUAAUAAAAUAAGAUUGACUUUUAUUCCCUCGUGGGGAAAUUGUUUCUCUGCAUUUGACCCAUCCUAGUGUUAGGAGCAGUGGGCUGCCAUUUUGAACGGCGCCCGGGGAGCAGAGUAGGGAAGCACUAGGUCUUGCCGGGACUUGAACUGGUGACCUUCCAGUUGCCAAGCCAAGUCCCUAUCGACUUCACCACCACCGCCCCCAAAAAUAAACAAAAAUGCUCUUGCAUGGCCAUGAUUUAUUCUCAUAAAGAUAUAUUUUAUUUGGUCUUUGGCCUCACACUUGUUUGUAAAGAGCAGGAAGUGUCACUUUAGCUGCUGUGUAUCACAUGGGGAGGCCUGCAUUAUUCAGCAAAUAGGACAUUGGUUCCUAUUUUUCUAAUUUGAUCCAUUUAGCUGAGUCCUUUCCCAUCAAAUAACAAGUUUAACUUAAUAAGUUAAUGAGUUAUAUCCAUUGAGUUACCACCUAAAAUCUAUUCAAUUUGAAUCAAACAGCACUUUUCCUGUCUUAUAAAGUAAUGUAACCCCAUUUCAAAGAAGCAUGACUUCAACUCAUGUUAUCAACGAUAGGAUACAUGUUGUUUAAAAAGGGGACCCUGACAUUUUUAUUACCCCUGUAUUGAAAAUCAUGAGAUGAACAAAAACGUGUUAACCCCCUCUCCUUCUUUCUCUGCUGGUAGAGUAAUGUGAAUGUAAAAGCUAAAUAUAUGUAUCAAAUGCAUAAACAAUCUGACUUAAUAAAACAC